UCCUCAUUUUCACCUUCUCUGACUCUCUCUCUCUCUCUCUCUCUCUCUCUCUCUCUUUCUCUCUCCCACCCUGGCCCACAUUCUCCGUGCACCGUCGGCGCAAAUUAGCAACCGCAUUCUGCUUCCCUUCUACUCCUCCAUGGCCGCAAACACCGCCUCCGUCCAACCGGGUCGCUUUCGGGUCCUAAAGCAAGGGGCCAAACCGGUCGAUCCGAAUCCGGGUCCGGUGGUUUACUGGAUGUUCAGAGACCAACGGGUCAAAGACAACUGGGCGUUGAUCCACGCCGUUGAAGAGGCCAACAAGGCCCAUGUCCCCGUCGCCGUGGCCUUCAAUUUGUUUGAUCAGUUUCUUGGCGCCAAAGCCCGCCAUUUAGGGUUUAUGCUGAGGGGCUUGCGACAAUUGCAUCCUGAUCUUCAAGAAGCGCAUCAGAUUCCAUUUUUUCUUGUCCGGGGAGAAGCGGAGGAGACUAUACCCAAUUUUAUGAGGGAGUGUGGGGCUUCACUUUUGGUAACAGACUUCUCACCUUUAAGGGAGGUGCAGAAAUGUAAAGAGGAAAUACGCAAGAGGGUUAGUGAUUUUGUGACCAUACAUGAAGUUGAUGCCCACAAUGUGGUGCCCGUUUGGGCGGCAUCGGAGAAGUUGGAGUAUAGUGCUAGGACUAUAAGGAGUAAGAUCAAUAAAAGGCUGCCUGAGUACCUUAUUGAGUUUCCUACAUUGCAGCCACCGAUUGCAAAAUGGGUGGGUACAAGUCCGGCGAUUGAUUGGGAUGGUCUUAUUGAUGAAGUUUUAAGGAAAGGAGCAGAAGUUCCUGAAGUUGACUGGUGCGAACCAGGAGAAAAGGCAGCAAUGGAAGUUUUGAAGGGUAGCAAAAAUGGAUUCUUGACAAAAAGGCUGAAGGGUUAUUCAUCGGACCGGAAUAACCCUUUGAAACCAAGAGGGGUGUCUGGUCUUUCUCCAUAUUUGCAUUUUGGGCAAAUAUCUGCUCAGAGGUGUGCCUUGGAGGCACGCAGUGUCCGAAAACUCAGUCCCCUGGCAGUGGAUGCAUUUUUAGAGGAGUUGAUUGUGCGCAGAGAACUUGCUGACAACUACUGCUUUUACCAGCCUCAAUAUGAUUCAUUGCAAGGGGCAUGGGAAUGGGCACGUAAGACCUUAAUGGACCAUGCUUCGGAUAAGCGAGAACAUAUUUACACGAGGGAGCAAUUGGAGAAGGCACAAACUGCUGAUCCUCUCUGGAAUGCCUCCCAAUGUGAGAUGGUUCAUUACGGGAAGAUGCAUGGUUUUCUGCGGAUGUAUUGGGCAAAAAAGAUCCUUGAGUGGACAAGAGGACCCGAAGAAGCCCUUGAAAUAUCCAUAUAUUUAAAUAACAAGUAUGAAAUGGAUGGAAGGGAUCCCAAUGGAUAUGUUGGUUGCAUGUGGUCAAUAUGUGGUGUUCACGACCAGGGUUGGAAGGAACGACCAAUUUUUGGGAAAAUACGUUACAUGAACUAUGCAGGCUGCAAAAGGAAAUUUGACGUGGAUGGAUACGUUGCCUAUGUGCAGAGGCUUGGUGCAACCAAGAAGAGAAAACUCCUACUCAGUGAAUAGGUCAAGGAACUCUGCAGUUGGUACUUGGGGAUCUUCAAGUGAAUAUGGUAAUAUGCAGAAUCAUUGAUUAUUGCACUGAAUUCCUCUGAAGAUAAAGAUUUGGAGGUCUUUCUGACACAUGAUGUAGUGUGUCACCGGCAACUAUCUGAGUCGAGCCCCGUUCUAUUCCGAUUUAAAUUCUCAAGUCAGAAGACAUAGAUGUCAUGUUCUUUCCCCUAACUUGCAACCUUGUGGCUGCUCAUGAAGUCCUAUAUCUGUAAUUUUUCUUUGAUUCUCUGAAAUGAUAAUAGGAGUUAAGUUCUCAAGUGGCAGAGCAUGUAGGAAAUCAAAUUAAUCUCUAUCUCCAAUGUCAGAGACUCACAUAGAAUCCAUAGAUGAUGUGGAUCGAGGAUGUUUGAUUGUAUAUGAAUUCUUCGUUUUCGUGGAGAUAAUGAAAAUAAAUUGUAUGGAAGAUUUCUUUAACCAAAUCUAAAAUUACCACAUCACAGUUGAAUCAAACACAAGCAAUGGUGGCUGGAACAUCUGCAUUUUACGUCAUAAAGCAUUAAGGCGUCGAGCCUGACGACGUUUAAGACUGAGAAAUAUCUGGGCUAUAGGCCUAUAGCUUCCGGUGACGAUGCAGCGACAUUUGAAGAUAAUGUGGGCUAUAUUGAAUCUUAUUCUCCUUUGCCAUUCUUCUAUAACCUUCUGAUCUACACAUCCGUUGAGAACAGAGAGAGAGAGAGUGAUCUGGGUAGAAGAAGAAGAAGAAGGGAUUUCGAAUCGCAAACAAAUCUUCUCCAUAACUCCUUCCACAAAUCGCUUCCGGGGUUGAAGAUGGAACAGUUCCAUUGCAUGAUGUUGAAGUGAGUAGCGGUAAUUUUUUAGUUUGCAGAGAAUCCAUUGAAAAUAGCCAACAGAGAUUCUGUUUUCUGUAGGGAAUUGGUAGGCUAUCUUUGGUUGCUGCAUAUGCAGCUCAAUCAUCUGCAACUGUGGUUCAGGCAGGCACAAACAAAAGAGCUCACCUUUAAGGUACUUUUUUUUUUUUUUUUUUUUUUUGGUUACAAAAAGUUUAGGUGAGAGUUUGGUUACGCUACACCACCAUCGCCAGGGCACGCCUACAACCUCAACUCUGCAGGACUUACGGUGACACCUAACUGUCACACAGCCCACAGGUAUGGAUUUCCGCAGGUACUUACAGAUCGCGAACCAACGAGGCCUGCUGGCAGCGGGGAUCGAACUCGGGUGGGGGUUCCAGCACGAGGCCGCCCAUGCCAACUGAGCCAAACCUCGUUGGCUCACCUUUAAGGAUAGAGAAGGAAGAUGAGUGCAUGGAGACCAAAGAUGUCAGAGAAGGAGAAAAAGAUGCGCACAGACUGAUUCAUUAAAAUAGCAAUAAAUUAACCAAUAACAGGUUGUUAAUGGGUGGCUAUGGAUUGUAUCUUGGAUACUGAAAAUGAUAUUCUGAUUAUGUGGAGGAGAAGGCCAAGGUGAAAGACUUGCACCCCGAGCUUCUAGCUGGGAUGUUCUUUUUUUUUUUUUGCUGGAGCAACUGUUGGAGUAACAGUUCUUCUGACUUCUCACAAACCCAAUCUGGGAAGCAGCUUCAUGUCAAUGAUUUCUAUCAAUCUCUAUUGCUCCACUGUGGUAGACGAAGUAACUACAGACAGCGGGGAGGUAUCAAGUUGGGAGUAGAUUGAUUAUAGUUUUUACUACUGCAGCAGACUGAUUAUGCAUGGUUAUCAAGAUGGGUGGAGAAAUCAGGGUUGUAAAGAAGGAUGGUCAGGAACUUCAAUGCAAUUGUACUUGGUUCUGGAUACAGCUGCAGAUGGCACUAAACAAUAUUGUCAAGAAGAUUUUGCAAAGCAGUGUAGUGGUGCUGCUUGCACUACAUGGCAACAUGGGUAGAUUGAUUAUGCCCCAGUUUUAUGUAAAAAUGUUCUCAUUGGCAGCGUCUGAGUUGAAUAAGCUGACGUAAGUUCUUAGGGAACUCUUUAAAGGCAGAAAUUCAGCUCGAAUUGCGCAAAAGUUCAGCUAAUGGACGAAGUUUUUUGGAGUCAUCUAAAAUUGCUCUUGAU